AAUUCUCUCUCCCUCUCUCUCUCUCUCUCACACACACACACAGAUGUAAUUUCCAUCAAAUGAAACUAAAAGAAGCGAGACACAAACUAAAUGCCCCCUUCCCAAAUGCCAUUUUCCUGAAGGUGGGUGAGAAUGUCCUCUAAACUCCUCAAGCAUCAGUCCUUUUUUUUUUGGGGAAAAACCAGCCUCUUUGUUAUGGGAUUGUGACACACCCACUUAGAAUGCUCUCCACUCAAAGAAUUAAUUUUAAACUUUAACCUUUCUCAUGAGAUGAAUGGUCCUUCAUAAGCUUAAGGUGGUAGAAGAAUCCCAGUUGACUUUUAUUUAUUUAUUUCCAUGAGUUCCCUCCCAAUAUAAAGUUUAUAUUUAUUAUGAAAUGGCUCCUUAAAGAUCCUUAUGAAGGGGGAGAGUCUUUGCCUUAAUUGCAUCCAAUAGCCCUUAGCUUCCAAAAUGCCAACUGUGGUUUUUAAAGAUAUUCUCAAUUCCAAAUUACCGAUGUUCCCUAUAGAUUUCAUCCACUCUAUCAUUCUCUUUCGUUUCAGAAAUAGAGAAAACACUGGCUUUGUGGCCCAGUGGUACUAGCUUCCUCUUUAGUAGGGGAUCCAGUGUUGAGUCUUCAAUUCUUGUUAGGAGCUUAAUUAGGUGGGUGGCUGUCUAAACCAUGGGCUUAGGCUUAGGCUUAGUUUUAGCUUGACAGAAAAAAUGGAGAACUAUGCGGAAAAUUUUCAUUUAGAGUGGAAGGAUACAACUCCUGAAAUUCCUGAUGCUGAAAUGUGUUUAUGCCCUGAUUUGUGCAUGCUCAACAGCAUUGAAUAAGGUGUCCUAUGGUUAUAUUCUCACAUAGACACCUUACACUGCCAUUUCUAUGUCCUGAUAACUCCAACUACCUGAGAUCUGGAGCUCAGGUUAAAAUGGAUGAUUUUACAGUGGUUUCCCCACCUGUUGAUUCAUUCAGGGCUCAUCAACACAAAGAGAGGACAGGUUCUUUUCCGGAUGCUAUUUGUUCUGUCAAAUUUUUAACAGGCAGAAGCUUCUGUCAGUCUGAUGUGCAUCAUCAAUCUCAAAGCGAGUCCUUGACUAACAAAGCAACUAGGUUAGAUGAAUUUUCUAACUGUGAUGCCACUGGUAUGAUCUCAGGUGACUUUGAUGCUGUUAAUCCAUCUGAGACAUCAAUUGAUAGUUCCAAAGCACAGAAGAAUGCAAAGAAAAAUGCAAGAAGAAAGGCGAGAAAGAAGGCAAAACGAAAGAAUAAACUUUCAUCAGACACUGGCUCUACUGAACUAGAAGUUUUAUCUGAGGAAUGUGCCCUUGGAAGUUCAACCUUUGAAACCUCUAUUAACAACGAUAUGGAUCAUGGGGAUGGACCAGUUUCAUAUGAAAGUACCCUAGUUAAUUCAUUGCCAGAUUGUCUGGUUAGUGUAAAUGAUUCUGAAGGAGACAGUAAUGGCAUAACCAACUGUUCAGAAACAUCAGAGACAUGCACCUCAUGCACUGAUGACAUGGAUGUAUCAGAAGAUACAAUUACUUCUGUAGUUCAUAAUUUUACUGGUGAACAUCCUGCGUUUAAUUCUGAAGAUGGGAGCCAAGCCAAAGACAUGGGAUUUUCCAUUUCAAAAGGAUUAGAGGAUAAACAUGGUGAAAGAAUCCACUGUUGUGAUGAUAUGUCUUCCAAAGGUUUCUCUGAUAUGCCUGACUCUCUUGUAUUGGGUUCUGUUUCUGUUGGUUGUAGCAGUGAGGACAGUCCUAAUGCUGGUUAUGACGACAGUACCGAUGCUGGUUAUAAUGUAAGUCCAUCUAAUGAACAGGGUAGUGGAAUUAGUGAUUCAGAAGCACAUCAAAGUACCAGAAAUGAAUGCUUUUCUCGUCAGAGUCCAUCAAAUGGUGUUGUGGAUUCUUGUAAUAAUGCUGAUAGAAUGAAGCUUCAUAGUGCAGGCUGUAGCAGCAGUGACAUCCAAUUGGAUGCACGUGGGAAGAGGGAUAAGCAAGCUAAAAUGGUUGUUGAAAAUGCACAUGGCUGUGUUGGGAAGGAAAAUGUGGGUUGCUUUCAGCUUGAUAAGACUUUGAAAGAGGCUCCUUUACUUAAAAGAAAUUGUAACAAUGCAAAUAUAGCAUCAAAAUCUGAAGAUAAGAAUCGAUCAAGAGUUAAGGUCCAUAGAAAGUCAAAAAAAAACUCUAGUCCAGGGUCAAAGCAAGAGUACAACUGUCAUUCCAGGAAGAGAUCUCUUGCUAUGAAGGCCAGCUCUAAUGCACCUGCAAGGAUUAAUAUUCAGGAGAAUGAAAUGUCGGUCUUUCCAGUGCUGUGGAAUGGUCAAAAGGGAUCAGGCAGUAUUUCACAAUCUUAUUCUCAGAAUGAUUGUCCAGAACCUGAAUUACAAACCCAUGGAGUUGAAAGCAUUACCUCUGAGCUAGUUCACAGUUUGCAAGAUUGUACUGGCAACCUGGAACCACCUGAAAGAUGUAGCACCAUUUCUAAUAUGAAAGAUCAUAUUACAGAGGGCCAGAAUAACUCAUUAUUAGAAUCCCUCGACUCUUUGAACAUGUCCAGUCUGCAUGAGGGGCAGUCUGCAGUUCACCUUCAUCCUCUCUUAGGUGAGGAAGUUGCUGAAGUAGACAAAGAAGUUUCUCUUUCAGAAAACAGCAAGCAAGAGCAUAGUUCUGCAUCGGUUAUGAAGAAAUGGAAACCUGUUGCGAAGAAAAAUUCUGGUUUUGCAAGCUUGGGUAGAUCAGACAUAUCAUUACUGGCACAUGCUGAUGAACCAGCUGCUGAAGGUUGGACUCCAAAGAACUCUGUAGAAGAGAAACCAUCUUCUAAUUCUCACAAGCCUAUUUCUUCAAAUGAUUCUGAAAUAAUGUGUGUGGAUCAUAGUUUUGGAAAUGCGAAUUGUUCUUCUCCUGAAGAUAAAAGCCCAAUUCAGAACACAUGCACACCUAAACAGCUCAAUAACAAGCAUCCUGCUGUUAACUGCUUUACUCACUCUUGUAAAGAAAAACAUAUUUAUGCUUUUGGAGCUGAUUCAAGCAAGAUAUCAGGUGCAUUACAUGAUGCCUAUAGGGUACAACAGCUGUCUGAAUCUGUUCAACUGGCCACUGGUUGUCCAAUCGCUGACUUUGAAAGACUUCUUCAUGCUGCUUCUCCUAUUAUUUGUCGAUCAAACAGUGUUAAAAUUUGUCAAACUUGCGUGCGAGAUGAGGUUGGUAGGCCUCUUUGCCGACAUGAGGCACCCAAUAUCACAUUGAGAAGCCUGUGGAAGUGGUAUGAGAAACAUGGGAGCUAUGGAUUAGAAGUAAGAUUAGAAGAUUGUGAAUACUCGAAGAGAUUGGGUUUUUAUCACUCUGCAUUUCGAGCCUACUUUGUCCCUUCUCUCUCUGCAGUUCAGCUGUUCAAAAAGCCUAGGAGUCAUCAUAUGGAUAAUGGGCCUGUGGUUUCAAGGGCAUGUGAAAUGAGUAAAACAUCACAAAGCUCAUUUAACAUUGGCCAACUUCCAAUUUUUUCAAUACUUUUCCCUCGGCCUUGUACUGAGGAGACAAGCUUUAGCCCACUUGAAAAUCAAAUGCACAGUUCGCGAGUAUCAUCCAUGUCUCAAUCUAUCGAUACUACAAUAACUGAUGAUUCAGAGCUACUUUUUGAAUAUUUUGAAUCUGAUCAACCUCAACUCAGAAAGCCAUUGUUUGAGAAGAUAAAAGAGCUGGUUAGUGGUGAUGGACCUUCAUGGAACAAAGUAUAUGGGGAUCCAACAAAACUAGACUCCAUGAAUCUAGAUGAACUUCAUCAUAGCUCCUGGUAUUCAGUGGCAUGGUAUCCUAUUUAUAGGAUACCAGAUGGUGAAUUUCGUGCAGCAUUCCUGACCUACCAUUCAUUUGGCCAUCUGGUUCAUAGAAGCUCUACAUUUGAUUCCCAUAGAAAGGAUGCCUGUAUAGUUUCUCCAGUUGUGGGUCUUCAGAGUUACAAUGCUCAGCAUGAACGAUGGUUCCAUCUGAAACAGUCCAUACUGAGCCAGACAGAAGAAACUUCAAACUUAAAGCCUUCUGAAAUCCUGAGAAAGCGGUUGAAGACACUAGAGCAGACAGCAUCUCUUAUGGCAAGAGCUGAAGUUAGCAAGGGAAAUCUGAAAUCUGUCAACAGACAUCCUGAUUAUGAGUUUUUCCUCUCUAGGCAACGUUGGUGAAUUCCAGAUCCACAACUUGUUGAGUAGUUCCUUUUUCCUUCUAUCUCCCCCCAUUUUUCCCCCAACCCUUCAGGCACAUUCUGAUAGAAUCUCAGUUUGAGUAGGAACUAAGUUCAACUUUUCAAUCUGUACAUAGUUUGUGGAUGCCCUUCUAUCCCUCUUAAAAGUAGACUAUAUCAUAUGGAAGGGCUAGGGCUACUUACAUUGAUUCAGCAGUAUUUGGAUGUUAGAAUUAAAUGUUUUAAAUCCAGUUUUUAAA